AUGAGGCCUCAUGUGUCUUCGUUAGCACUUUUCCUGGGCACCCUCUCGCUCGCCCAGGCAGCUGUUUAUGAGCGAGAUGGGGCAAGACUGGCGCGUCGUCAGAAUGCCCCUUCGUCAGCACCAAACUUGGCGGAUGGAUUCAUGAGCAUCUACGACCGCAUCGUUGCGAGGCAGGAGCAGGUGACGGUGACCGAGACGGAACGGCAGACUAUUACUGUUGGGGGUGACGGCGCGGCGGGUGCGGUUGGGAACGCGACUGAGACGGUGACCAUCACAGAGACUGUUGGAGCGGAUGGUGCUGCGGCUGUUACCGUCACGGCGCCGCCGGUAACGGUUACGGUCUGUAAUGGGCAGGUUCAGGAAGGGGGAGAAGCUGCUCAACCGAGCGAGGGAGAUGUUCCGCCUCCCGCUGAGGGCGUCGAGGCCACGGCUACUGCUCCGGAUGGAGCCGUUGGAGCUAUCGAAACCGGAGCCGACCCGGUUGCUACGCCUACGCCCGCCACCGGUGGUCUUGCCUCGGGUGGUGUUGGUGUCGUUGUUGUGCAGGUUCCUACCGAAGCCAUUGUCACCAGCGCGGUUGAAACCGCCCCUCCUGCGGUUCCAACCGAGGAGGCACCACCCGCUGCUGACCCAGCCGUGACCGACCCUGCCGCUGCCGAUCCCGCCGUCACCGAAGCCCCCGCCGCCGGUAGUGACGCACCCGACACCCUUCUCCCUCUCCCGACCGAAGACGCCAACCCCCCAGCCGAAGGCAACCCCGAGCUCCUCCCUCCUCCCGGCCUCUCCACCGAAGAACCCGCCGCCGCCGAGCCCACCGUCGAUCCCGUGCCCGGCGUUGUCCUUUCAGAGAGCACCACCACCACCGCCGCCGAAGCAGGCGCUGAGCCCACCCUCGCCCCUCUCCCCGGCCUAGACCCCAACGCAGGCGACGCCGCCUCCUCUCUUGCGCCUCUCCCGGGUUUGGAAUCCUCUACCGCUGAAGCCCUCCCAGUCGAAACCCCCACUUCCACCGAGGGCGCCGCUCCAGCAGAGACUACACCUGCUGAGGAGUCCGCCCCAGCAGAGGAAACCGCUGCUCCAACAACCCCACCCCCUCCAGCAGCCGCCUCAUCCCUGGACUCAACCCUCAGCCUCGCAAACCCCACCCCCACCGUUCCCUUGAUCCCAGAAGGGGCCUUUGGCGGUGUCGCAAGCCUCAUCCCCAUCGCCUCGGCCGAGGCCCCGCCCCCACCGGCAGCCACCACACCAGCCGUUGCGAACGGUGCGGUAGAGGGCGUGAAUAAUGGUGGUGCUGCUGUGCCGGUGGUGGAUAUCGACCUGGAGGGUGUGAAGCUGGAGAGCCAGUUGAACUUGGGGGGAUUGGUGCAGGCUACUGCUGCUGCUGCUGUUGCCAUUUAAAACAACCCCAAGGAGGAAAUAGAUGUGCAAAGAAGACCUCUCUCUGAUGGUACAUAUACUACAUAAAGUUUAAAAGACACGUAUGAAGGAGAAAUAUACGAGGC